UCAGUCUUUUGGCAAACCCUGGACCAUUAGGGAGGGAGCUGGGGUUUCAGCCGGAGCUCCAGGACCUGAACACCAGCUGAGCCCAGUCCGAGCUUCCCAACUCCCGGGACAUGUCCCUGGACACAGCCCGCUGACAGCGACUCCACCGCUCCCGAGCUCGCAGCCCUUCGCACCCAAUGCGACCGUGUCCGAUCUAAAAGGGAUUUUCUCACUGGAGUUCCUCUCUUCCCCGCCUGUUUAUUGCCGUCUUGACGAGGAACCCUUUCGCGCUGAGUCCCUGCUGCCCUGUGGACCCAGUCUUGGUGCCGCCAUGGCUUUGGAGAUGGAGCAGAAAGCGAGCAAGCUGACAUUUGGGUUCCAGCGCAGUUCAACGUCAGAUGAUGAUUCCGGCUGUGUUUUGGAAGAAUAUGCAUGGGUUCCCCCAGGUCUGAAACCAGAACAGGUUCAGCUGUACUUUUCCUGCCUCCCGGAAGAUAAAAUCCCUUACGUUAACAGCCCCGGAGAGAAGCACAGGAUCAAGCAGCUUCUGUACCAGCUACCACCCCAUGAUAAUGAGAUGCGUUACUGCCAGUCACUGAGUGAGGAGGAAAAGAAAGAGCUGCAGCUGUUCAGCGUCCAGAGGAAGAAAGAGGCUCUGGGCCGGGGAGCCAUUAGGCAGCUGCCCAGGUCGCUGAUGCACGUGGUUUGUGAGCAGUGCAAGGAGAAGAUAAAUGGCGGUGAAAUAGCCAUAUUUGUGUCCAGGGCAGGCUCCACGGUCUGCUGGCACCCGGCCUGUUUCAUCUGUUCCACCUGCCAGGAGCUGCUCGUCGAUCUGAUCUACUUCUACCAGGACGGCAAAAUCCACUGCGGCCGACACCAUGCUGAGCUCGUGAAGCCCCGCUGUUCAGCCUGCGACGAGAUUAUCUUUGCCGACGAAUGCACCGAGGCGGAAGGUCGUCACUGGCACAUGAAGCACUUCUGCUGUUUCGAGUGUGAGACCAUCCUGGGAGGACAGAGGUACAUCAUGAAAGAUGGCCGGCCCUUCUGUUGUGGCUGCUUCGAGAGUCUCUACGCGGAAUAUUGUGAAGCCUGUGGGAAUCAUAUUGGUGUUGACCAUGCUCAGAUGACCUACGACGGGCAGCACUGGCAUGCUGUGGACAAGUGCUUCUGCUGUGCCCAGUGCAGGACACCUUUGCUGGGCUGCCCCUUCCUGCCGAAGCAGGGCCGGAUCUUCUGCUCCAAGGCCUGCAGCCUGGGCGAAGACGUCCAAGCCUCCGAUUCCUCUGACUCCGCCUUCCAGUCCGCCCGCUCCAGGGAGUCCCGGCGCAGCGUCCGCAUGGGCAGGAGCAGUCGGUCAGCGGACCAGUGCCGGCAGUCUCUGCUCCUGUCCCCUGCCGACGACUACAAACGCUCUGGUUCUGGCAGCCAUGGCGGCAGGACCUUCUGGAAGGGCAGCGGAGAGGCGGAGGCCCCGGAGGAGCAGGAGGAGUGGGCAGAGCACGAAGACUACCUGACACAGCUGCUGCUCAAGUUUGGCGACCGGGGGGUCUUCUUCCAGCCUCCCAGCGGCGACGACGCCCAUGGCAACCCGGAGCUGCGUGUCCACGGGGCCUCGGGCCUGGCCGGCAACAAGUUUGAGACCAGCCUGUCCUGGGCACAGUCCCAGGACAAUCUGGGUGACUCGGCCUACGGGAGCCACCCGGGCCCAGCCAGCAGCAGGAAGAUACAGGACCUGGAGACAGAACAUGGCCCCACAGGCUUCAAGCACAGUGAGAGCCCCUGGUAUGGAGACUCACUGGAAUGCUUGAGCAGCGAGCUGAAGCCCAGCCAGCAGAGUGUCCGCAAUUCCGUAGACUCACUUGCCCUGUCCAACAUAACAGUAGGAGCCUCAGUGGACGGAGACAGCCAGCAGAGAUCGCCUGUCUUCACUCUGCAGGAUCUCCAAGAAUUGGAGAGCUGUGAGAAGGUGAGCAACAUGGGGACGAUGAACUCCUCGAUGCGCCACUGCAGCAUCGAGUCCCUGAAGAGCUUGGCGUCGGAGCGUUGCGUGGUCCCGGAGCCGGAGGAGAAGCCGAAACCUCUCUACAACCCGAUGCUGAGGCGAUCAAAGUCACAGACCAGGCCUCAGCAAGUAAAGUUUUCCGACGAUGUUAUCGACAACGGGAAUUGCGAGGAGAUCGAGGUCCGGCAGCCCCCAAUGAGCGAGCGGACGCGGCGCCGAGUGUAUGACUUUGAAGGGCGCAGCAGCCAGCGCCGCCAUCGCUGGCGCAGGAGCCGGAAGUCCCGUUCCGACAACGCGCUCCACUUGGCCGCGGAGCGGAGAGGCCCAAGGGAAAGGCUUCACCUUCACUCUCCAAAAGACUGUGACAAACUGGUUGAGACACACGCCCAUCGCGACAGACAACCGUAUCACCAGAGCCAAGACUUGUACGGCCAGUACCGCCAACCCCCAGACUAUGCACUAAACCAAGCGGUGGGCAAAUUCCUUGCCUUGUAUGCUGACGACUAUGAUUCCUGGUGCUCAACAUGUUCCUCUUCGUCCUCUGAUUCAGAAGAAGAGGGUUACUUCCUUGGUCAACCUAUCCCACAGCCCAGAAGCCAAAGGUACCAGCUCUAUGGCGAUGACCUUGCAGGAGCCUCUAUGGUGCCAGCUUCCUCCAUGACACCACAGAUCACCAGAGCCAAAAAGAAAAAAGGCCACAAAGGGAAGAAUUGUAUAAUUUCCUAGAACAGGGCUAGUGGUGACCAAAUUUAUAAGGAGUGUUUCUGGAAUCCGAAUCCAGAUGUUUCUGGACCAUCUCAUGGAAGCAGGCUAUAUACUGUGAAUUUAUUGGCAACGGGAACUCUGUACCCACUUGUAAUCCCACAUGAAGGAACAUUGUCUGCCAUGCUCCGUCCUCACACCCUCAACCACCUGGGUCAACACGGACCUUCACGCUGGAUUCAUGGUUCCAGGAAGCUUCAGGCAUUGAAACAAAAUGUUUUUUUUAAACUUCAUUAUCUUCUAUGUUAUUAUGGUAUUAAAUGUUCACUUUCAUUGAAGUAUUUGCAAUGAGUUUGUAAAAGUGAAAGGGUUGAAUGGAGAAAGGGGCAAAGAUAGUUGUGUGGAGUGAAUCUACUGCCUCUCCCCAUCCUUGCAAUUCCACACCACAGGCAUUAGAGGGGCUGCAAUCUGUAAUUUCAAAGAAAAAAUGUUGGUAUUUAUAAUGUAGCAUUUAACAACUAAAGUUAAUCAUAAUUUAACAGUGCAAAUAAUGUAUAUAUUGUAAAGUCCAGAUUAAGAAACUGAUAUUUUUAUAUAUCGCUGAAUUACAAAAAAAAAACACAUUUAUGUUUGGUUGUA